AUGACACUGCAUAUGACAAUGGAAAGUUACUGUCGACAAGUGUCGACAAGAUCUAUGCACAAAUUGUGUCAUUUUACUUUGACAACAUUUACCAUUUUAUUUUUAUUUUUUGAUUACAAACUCAUAGGUUAUGCACAGCCAUUAUUAGCUCAAAAUAUUGGCCCAAACAUCAAUAAUUUAACAUAUCCAGUUAUAUUAAUCCCUGGUCUAGGUGGAGCUCAAGCCUACUGUGAAUUGAAAGCUCAAAAGUCAACCAUAUUCUCUAUAUGGCUGAAUUUACUUUACUUAAUGCUUCCAGAGAAGAUGUACAAUUACUUUGCUUUAAGGUAUGAUCAAAGUACACUGAAUGCACAAGAUACAGAAACAUGUCGUGUAGUAUUUCCUGGAUGGGGUCAUACAUCAACUGUAGAAUAUUUACAAAAGCUGGAUUUCAGUUCUUCGACUAUUAUGGUUCACUAG